AUGGGUCUCUCAAUAGCUCUUCACUGCCCCACCAUCAACAAGACCAAGAGCGCAUUCGGCCUCGUGCCAUCCAAGAAGCACGAUGAGAUCCUCCAGGACAUUCGCUCGCUCUUCGGUAUCGACUACGCCGCCACCUACGACAUCCGCGGCAAACCAAUCGAUGACAUCUGCGCCUGCAAACCCGGCGACCUUGUCCAAGUCGCUACAGAAAAGUUCGAGAUCAUGGUGCCCUACUCGCCUAGGAACUGCAUCUUCUACAAUGGCGAAGAGAUGGAGAAGAUUACCGACGCAUGGGCUGACGGUUACGGCAAGCCGUGGAAGGAACUCAACGACUCACAGCGGUGCGAACACAUCACGAGCCUCGGCACAAAGGCAGAAGAUUCCGUCUUGGUGAACACUAUCCGCAUCACGCGCCCGUACGUCGAGGUUCAACAAGAGUUGAAGGACAUCGCCGCUGCCGCUCCUGAGGACAUGGACACCAAGCAAAACCUCGGAACGGCUAUCUUCACGAACUGGGGCAAGAAAUGGGACAUGCUCCUACCACCUACUAUGAAGCCCGCCAACGACGAGAUGUCCGCCAAGGUCCUCCGUCUUCUCGUCGCCCUUUCUUCUUUCACUCACGGUUCAGCGCGCCUAGUGCGCAGGUACCUCGUCGAAGCCGUCAAUGCGCGCCUCUCUGGUCCGGGAGGUCGUGAGACGGAUGACGCAUUGUUGCGAGAUGAAGACAUCGUGCACGUGAUCGGCACACUGUAUGAGAAGGCGGAUAGCUUGGCGGCCGAGAUGGCGCUAGCCAAGGAGAAGAAGGUGCAGAAGAAGGUGAAAGACAAGACGCGGAAGCAGGCGUGGAGGGCGAGGAAGAAGGCGGCGAGAGGCAAGACGUCGUCUGAUGUGGAUGACCUUGCUGAUUUGAUGGAUGUCGUUUAG